GCUCUUUACAGCUACUCACUGCACUGUUUCCAAGAGCGCAGCGCCGCACCAUGACACUCACUGGACAUAAGCAUUAAGGAUUUCCGUCUUCACAAAGUAAACUCGCCGCUAUAUUUUCCAAGAAAAAAGUUUGCCAAAACUUGUCCACUUGUUUUCCAAGAUGCCACGCUCCUUUCUGGUCAAGAAACAUAUAAACUCAGCAAAGAAGCCAAAUUAUAGUGAGCUGGAGAGCCCAACAGUGUUCAUCACGCCGCACAUCUACAGGGGUCUUCCCCUGCCUGUCAUCCCCCAGCCGGAGAUCCUGAGCCCGGCAGCGUACAGCCCCAUCACAGUGUGGACUACCAGCAACUUGCCGCUGUCUCCGCUCCCUAGUGACCUCUCCCCCAUCUCUGGAUACCCCUCAUCGCUCUCAGACACAUCCUCUAAAGACCAUAGUGGCUCUGAAAGCCCGAGGAGUGAUGAAGACGAGCAAAUGCUGCCCAAACUGAGACCCCACGGAUGGACGCGGGAAAAAUUCCCAAAGUGUUGUUAAAGCCCUACUCCCGUAUUUGGACUGCCAAGCAAAAAACGCGCCCGCACCCCAAAAAACGAGAAAUCCUUCUUUUGAAAUUACUCGAAAGGGUAUGUGAGCGGGACUCUAAAAUGCACAUCGGAUACCCGUUCCCUUGUUUGAAAAAUAUGCGGGAAAAUCUUUAACAAUGUUUUCUGUCUCAUUUCCCCCUCGACAGGAGAGAAGCCAUUCUCCUGCCCUCACUGCAACAGGGCUUUUGCAGACCGGUCCAAUCUCAGGGCUCACCUACAGACCCAUUCGGAUGUGAAAAAAUACCAAUGCAAGAACUGCUCCAAAACCUUCUCCAGGAUGUCUCUCUUGCACAAGCAUGAGGAAUCUGGUUGUUGUGUAGCACACUGAACUGGGAUACUUGUCCACUACCAGAGAAUAAAAAAAACUCUGUUGCUUCUUUAUUUUUCCAGAAGAACUGUCAGGGAAUCACAUCGAAGGGGGUUUGUUCCCAAAUAUGCAGACUUUUUCUUCUUCUAGGAACAGUCCAUGUCAUUUCAGAGUGAAAAAUAGCUCUGUGCUCACAUGCUUUUUGUUUCAAGCAGUGUUUCUGUGAUUGCAAUUGUGUCGAGCUUUGUUAUGCCAUGUACUCACCUACCUGUGCUAUUCAUGCACUUUCCUGCAUGUCUAGAAUGAUUUAUACGCCUUCACAAUGUUAUCUGCAGUGUUUUGUACAAAGGUCUCUCAAUGGCUGAUAUGCAGUCCUCCACUUUUCUUUAUAUGCACCACACAAACGAUGCCAAAAGGCGCAUUAUGAAUGACAGUAUACAUAUAACUAGAGGAAUACUGAAGCCAUUGUUACUUAGGGAACAAGUGCAAACUUAUUUUUAGGGUGAAAUAUUAUAACUUUUUUGCACAUUAGAAACAGUUUGCCAGCACUCAAACAGCAAAAUACAUUUUCUCAAGUGCCUCAGUUUUAUUUGGCAAUAAUAUGUAUUAUUCAACAACAGUUUCCUGUUAUAUUUUUAUAUAUUGAAUGUAAGCGUGACUGAGAUGAUUGUAUAUUUACAGUAAAAACUGUGAUGCUGAAUAAUUUUCAUAUUUUCAUAUUUUCAUGACACUUUAAGAAAUAAAGUUUCAUGACAUUUUGUUAUAAUUUUUGGCAUCUUUCAAGUUGCUUUUCAUCUGUGAAGCCUUUGGUGUAUGAUUGGCUCUUUCAGCAGGACUCAGCAGCAUUCAGUGAUUGUUACCCGCUCUGAAUGGUACAACUUGCACAAAAGUAAAUGACAUUUAAUACAGCUUGCACCAUCUCAUGUUAUGCUUAUGUAAAAAUGAGGAGAGAUGUGACUCCGCUCUGAAUCAGGCCUGAACCUGUUCCUUGUGAACCUGUCCAGACAUCAAACAAUCUUGAAAUUUAACACAUACUAGCUAUAUUGAUCUGCACUCACUUGUUAUACCCUUUGAGGGCCCAUGACUUUCUUUACCUAAGUGUGUAUAAGGUUUAAAUGCAAGAGUGUAGUUCUCUUUAGAAAGUAAUAUUAAUCUCAUGUCAUUAAUAUAUGUAACAUGAGGAAAAGGGUUUUUUGUAAUCUUUUCAAUCAUAACAAUCAGUGCAGGGCACAGGGAAUUCAGAUUUUAAUAUGUUUUCACAAAAAGCUCAAAUGUGCAUUUGCUUUGACAACCUCCUUGGAUUUCUGGGAUGCUUGCCAUCAAGGAUUAAAUAGACUUCCUCAGGCUACAUUUUAUUGUCUUUCACCAUAUUCUGUCUACUUUAGAGCACAAAAAGUGCAACGCCUGAAGGGAUACAGUCAAAGUUGAACUCUUUCUAACAAACCCCAGAGUGUGUUCCCAUUUGCCCUAAUGCCCAAAAGCUGCUGACCUGAAAGAUGUGAUCUGACAAAUAGACACUUGUUUUUCUCGCACCGAGGGGCUGAACUCCCCUGUAGGUAGACACUCUUCGUUGUGAGUCAUCAUCGAGCUAUUCCAGGUGCUCACCGCCGCACUGUGGGUCGGGCCAGGUGGCUCCAGGGCU